AAAAGUGAAAGAGAGAAUAUUCUUGGCUAUUCAAGAAAAAUAACGUGCUAUAAUUUAUACUUAUUGUAAUCUAUAUUUUAAGUAAUAUAGACAUUAAUGUUCUUAAAGAGAAAAGAAGUGUGUUAAGUAACAAAAUAGAUGGAAACAGUCUUAAAACUUUCCUAAAGAAGAAAUAACUUGUAUUUGAAAUUAUUAAUAAGAUACGAUAAGGUUAUGCAUUAUCGACGGAAAUUAUGUUCGCUCAGAAGGCUGGAGAAACGGAAGGAACGCACAUUGCACGUUCGUUUCCCUCAUACGAUAAAGGAUUGGAAGGAUGUUGAGAAUUUGUUCAGUGGUAGUUUCUUUGUUAAAUUACCGCGACAGGCCAGUAGGUCAUGUUAUGUUGUGUUCUCCAGUAUGGAGGAGAAAAUCAUGAAUCAGAAGCUUGUGAAGAAUAAAACGAUCAAUGACAAACGUAUUUUGGUUCAAUCGUUAUAUAGCACUGUAGUUGCUGAUAAGAAUAAGGUGAUAAAGAAGCCGAAAAAGAAGGUCUUUAUGCCAAAAAUUAGACCUGAAAUUAAGGUGACACAAACUAUAUUUGCUGCAAAUAUUGAAAUUGGCACAAAAGCAGACGAAAUAAAAGGUGCCAUACCAGGAUGUGUCUCUGUGACUUUAUUGAAACCUUAUAAUAAUAAGUUCAGGAGUGCGAUAGUUAAGAUGGAAAAUAUCCAGAUAGCGGCGGAGUACUUGAAGAAGAGGUGCAAAUGGCCAAUUCUAAGAGGCCACAAAAUAUCCUUGAAGCCAGAUACCAGGACAAAGCACAAGAGGAAAUCGCCUGCAGACACUUUAAAAAUUUAUAACGACGCAACGGAGGAAUCUGUCAAGGAAGAAUUUGAAUCUAGAGAAAAACACAAGAGUUCAGACAGAGAACAACGUACAGAGAACGUACAGAGAACGUACAGAGAACGAUGUACAGAGGACGACGACGAGGACAAUUAGGAAAGUAAGAUUAAAAUGA